AUGAACGCGAGUUCAACAGACACUAACGUCUUCCAGAGCAAGUUUGGCAGCGGCUUUCAGCAUCGCCUGGCAGCACCCGACUACAUAGUAGGUGAUGAAGGGAAAAGUGACAACCACAUCCUCAUCAUCAUCACCAUCACCAACCUCACACGUAGAGGCAACCAUGAUGCAGAGGCCAUAUGGAUCCGUUACGGUGCUGUGAACAACACAGUAGGAGUCAACAGUAUUGUAGGGCCUAAGGCCUUGACGAAGUUGACAACUACCGAUACACAGCCGUAG